UGAACGGCGCCGCGGGGCUCCGCGUUGGCUGCGAGGCUCGGCCGGAGCGUGGACCCCGCACUGUCCCCGCGCACCCGCCGCGCCGCCCCGGAGCCGUGCCUGCGCCCCGCGCCGUUGUCCGCCGCCCUCCCGCCCAUGGAGCGCGCGCCCUCGCGCCCGGCCCCGCGGCCGCUGCUGCUGCCGCUGCUCGCCGGCCUCUCGCUGCUGGCGGCCCCAGCGCGCGCAGACGUGCCCAUGGAGGCCUGCUGUGCGGACGGACACCGCACGGCCACGCAGCACAGGGCCUGCUCGCUGCCCUACGCCUCGGAGUCCAAGGAGUGCAGGAUGGUCCAGGAGCAGUGCUGCCACAGCCAGCUGGAGGAGCUGCACUGCGCCACUGGCAUCAACCUGGCCAACGAGCAGGACAGCUGCGCCGUGCCCGCCGCCAACGCCAGCCUGGAGGCCGUGUUCGUGAAGAGGUGCUGCCACUGCUGCCUGCUGGGGCGGGCGGCCCAGGCCCAGGGCCAGAGCUGCGAGUACAACCUCAUGGUCGGCUACCAGUGCGGCCUGGUCUUCCGGGCCUGCUGCGUCAAGGGCCAGGAGACCUCGGACUUGGCCCCCGCAGACAAUGGGCACCUCCAGGACACAGCUAAGCUCUCGGAGGCGGAGGAGGAGCAGGAGGACCCGUACCUGAAUGACCGCUGCCGAGGCGGCGGGCCGUGUAAGCAGCAGUGCCGUGACACGGGCGAGGAGGUCGUCUGCUCGUGCUUUGUGGGCUACCAGCUGCUGGCCGACGGCGUCUCCUGUGAAGAUGUGAAUGAGUGCAUCACGCGCACCCACAGCUGCCGGCUCGGCGAGUCCUGCAUCAACACCGUGGGCUCGUUCCGCUGCCAGCGGGACAGCAGCUGCGGGACGGGCUAUGAGCUCACGGAGGACAAUGACUGCAAAGAUAUUGACGAGUGUGAGAGUGGUAUUCAUAACUGCCUCCCCGAUUUUAUCUGUCAGAAUACUCUGGGAUCCUUCCGCUGCCGACCCAAGCUACAGUGCAAGAGCGGCUUUAUACAAGAUGCUCUAGGCAACUGUAUUGAUAUCAAUGAGUGUUUGAGUAUCAGCCCCUCGUGCCCCGUCGGGCACACGUGCAUCAACACGGAGGGCUCGUACACGUGCCAGAAGAACGUGCCCAACUGUGGCCGUGGCUACCAUCUCAACGAGGAGGGCACCCGCUGUGUGGACGUGGAUGAGUGCGCGCCGCCCGCGGAGCCCUGCGGGCCGGGCCACCUCUGCAUGAACUCCGCUGGAAGCUUCCGCUGCGAGUGCAAGGCCGGCUUCUAUUUCGACGGCAUCAGCAGGACAUGUGUGGACAUCAACGAGUGCCGGCGCUACUCCGGGCGCCUGUGCAGCCACAAGUGCGAGAACACGCUGGGAUCCUUCCACUGCAGCUGCUCCGCGGGCUUCCGGCUGGCGCCCGACGGCCGCUCCUGCGAAGAUGUGAACGAAUGCACCAGCAGCCCCUGCAGCCAGGAGUGCGCCAACGUCUACGGCUCCUUCCAGUGCUACUGCCGCCGCGGCUUCCAGCUCAGCGACGUGGACGGGGUCACCUGCGAAGACAUCGAUGAGUGCGCCCUGCCCACCGGGGGCCACAUCUGCUCCUACCGCUGCAUCAACUUCCCCGGGAGCUUCCAGUGCAGCUGCCCCCCGACUGGGUACAAGCUGGCCCCCAACGGACGCAACUGCCAGGACAUUGACGAGUGUGUGACCGGCAUACACAACUGCUCCAUCAAUGAGACGUGCUUCAACAUCCAGGGCGGCUUCCGCUGUCUGGCCUUCGAGUGUCCGGAGAACUACCGCCGCUCCGCGGACACGCUCCACCAGGAGAAGACAGACACCGUCCGCUGCAUCAAGUCCUGCCGCCCCAGCGACAUCAGCUGCAUGCUGGACCUGGUGCACACCGUCUCCUACACCGUCGUCUCGCUGCCCACCUUCCGCGAGUUCGCCCACCCAGAAGAGAUCAUCUUCCUCCGUGCCGUCAUGCCCGCGCACCCCGCCAACCACGCCGACAUCAUCUUCGACAUCACGGAGGGGAACCUGCGGGACUCCUUCGACAUCGUCAAGCGCUACAUGGACGGAAUGACCGUGGGGGUGGUGCGCCAGGUGCGGCCCAUCGUGGGCCCGUUCCACGCGGUCCUGAAGCUGGAGAUGAACUACGUGCUCGGGGGCGUGGUGAACCACCGAAAUAUCGUCAAUGUCCACAUCUUCGUCUCCGAGUACUGGUUCUGAGGGCUGGUCCGCGGCACAGCCACGUCUGCACCUCCAGGCCAAGUCAUUGCUGCCAGCGACUGUGCCCUGCCCCUGUUUAUACCGCCCAGACAUUUCUUGAUUUUAUGUAUUUGUUCGUCAGGGUGGGCUGACAUCUACCUGGCGUAUUUUGGUGUUGAAAUAAUGAAUGCAAUUAA